AUGGCUUACAGGAGGAGGCAAGGGCUGGGAAGAUCCGCCACUUUCAAGGAAGAAAUGUACCGGCCGCCAGAUGACCCCGCAGCAUCCUCGUCCCUGGCUGAUCAGGCCUCCGCCAAUGCCCGCCCCACUGCUCUCCGACAACAGCACACGCAGGGAGGAGGCCCAACCUAUGACUACACGUCGAUGGGAAGUUCAAACGAAGCAGGAAGCUUUUGGGGGGUUCUUGCCAGGAAGGCUAAAGCGAUCCUCGAGGAGGAUUCUGAAUCCGAACGCAUUGCCUCUUCCACCAUACCUGAAGAGCCUGGAAGCUUCAAAACAAUGGACAAUCCCACCUUGCGCAAGCUUAAGGGAACAGAUGCGCUCGCAUCUUCCAUGAACCACAUGGGCGACACUGCUUCAGAGAUGAUGGCUGAAAAUAAGACUGAAAACCUUAUGCAAGAACCGCGCAUGCUGCAGAUAAGAAGAAAAGGGUUGAAUUCGGAGGAACAAAAUCCCACAUCAGAGCAGCAGCAGUCAAGCUCAUCGCUGAACCAAACCAGCCGAGAAGAUCAGCUCAAGGCAUCUCGCGACGUGGCAAUGGCAACGGCUGCCAAGGCAAAGCUGCUCUUGCGAGAGCUGAAAACAGUUAAAGCCGAGCUUGCUUUUUCAAAACAGAGGUGCUCUCAGCUUGAAGAGGAGAAUAAAAUCCUUAGAGAGGCACGGGAAAAGGGGGUGAAUCCUGCAGAUGAUGACAUGAUAAGGCGGCAACUAGAGACACUGCUGGAGGAAAAGGCAAGGCUGGCGCAUGAGAAUUCUGUGUAUGCCCGGGAGAACAGGUACUUGAGGGAGAUUGUGGAAUAUCACCAAUUGUCGAUGCAAGACUUGGUGGACUUGGACGAGGGAAUGGAAGAGGUGAUCGAAGUGUGCCCGGUAGCUGCUGGAGGAGCAUCAAAUGCAAGGAUGAGGCUGUGUGUGUCGGCGUCUGUGUCCCCACCUUCCUCGCCCAACUCAAACUCUUCGAGCAUGCGCCUAUACAGAGCCGCUUCGGCGGAGGCGGCAGAAAUUCCCAAGAUGAUGCUGACCAAGCUAGCUGCUGCUGCUGCUCCACAAGACGCAAUCAGACAAUAAUAAUAUGAUCAUGCAUGCAUGCAUGCGCGCUAUUCAUUGUUCUGUUUUUAUUGGAUUCUUGCAUUUUGUUUCAUCACAACGUCGUUUCUGAAUCUGCCCCAAUUCACCUAUUUCUUUGCGAGGCAGGGCAGGUUACUGGCUGGCACAGCAAGUGUGUUCAGUCAGUGUUCCUACUUAUAUGGUUUUCUUGACAGCAAGCUAAUUAAGGACAAAACACAUUACACAGACAAGA